CGAAGAUAUAUGUAGCGAGAUAGGAGAUGUAGUUCAAAGAUUUUGACAUAAAAUACCUUGGAGUCCACGUGGUGAAAGAUGUCUCUCCUAUGGCUUUACAGCCCCUGCCCAUUAUUGAUGGGCCCAAGAAGGAAACUGGAGCAGUCUGGAUCUCAGGAGUCAGUAAUGCAAAGGUGGAUUGGGCUGUUCAGGUUGCAAAGGCACUACAACCUGCAACGGGGAAGUUCUACAGCCUGAGGUUCCCAAGGAGUGAACUGACAGUGGAUGGGUGCAAGGAAUUGAUUAACAAACUUCAUCAGCACAGCAUAGCGAUUCGAGCCAAUGGACGGUUGUACGUCACAAUGGCCAACAUUUGGGCUCCAGAUGUUGUUCAGCUUCGCCACUUGGCCAAGAGCAAACUAAAUUGUGAAUUUGACUGCAUUGAUGAUGCAGCAAUCUGGUCAGAUUAAGGGAGUUCAAAGGAUCCACUUGGGCAUUCUAAUACAUAUAUAUAUAUAUAUAUAUAUAUAUAUAUAUAU